CAGAAUUUUAUCACUCAGCUUCUGAGCAACCUCAGCGCAGCUGCCCCGAAAGGCAGUGCCAGUCCAGAUGGCGUACAUCCUGUGUGUGGUAUCUCUCUUUCUCUCUCUGGCUAAGCUCAGCGUCAGCCAGAGGGAAGUGAAGAUUCAAGAAGGCCCUCUGUACAGAGCCGAAGGCUACCCUGUCAGCAUCAGCUGCAGCGUAAGUGGUCAUCAGGGACCUUCCACGCAGGAUUUCCAGUGGUCCAUUUACCUGCCAACAGCCCCGAAUAGGGAAGUCCAGAUCAUCAGUACCAAGGAUGCCAGCUUCUCUUACGCAGUGUACGCCCAGAGGGUGAAGAGCAAGGAGAUCUACAUGGAGAGGCUGCAGGGCAACUCGGUCCUGCUGCACAUCACAAAGCUCCAGAUGAGGGAUGCUGGCGAAUAUGAGUGCCACACCCCCAACACGGAUGGGAAGUACUUGGGAAGUUACAGUGCGAAGACAAGUCUAACUGUGAUUCCCGACACCCUGUCUGCCACCAUGCCCUCACAGACGUUCAGUAAGAAGGAAGGCGAGCCAUUAGAACUCACCUGCAAGGCAACCAAAGCAACGGCUCAACAUACCCACCUCGCUCUCACCUGGUACCUGAUGCAGGAAGGAGAGAGCCAAGCCACUGAGAUCAUUUCUCUCUCCAGGGAUUUUCUGUUGGCCCCCGGGCCCUCCUAUGUAGCUAGGUUUGCGGCUGGCGAUGUGCGGCUGGACAAGCUGGGUGCCACUUCCUUCAAGCUGUCCGUAGGCAGGCUCCAGCCCUCAGAUCAAGGCCAGUUGUUCUGCGAGGCCACAGAAUGGAUUCAGGAUCCAGAUGAAACAUGGACUUUGAUCACAAGAAAGCGGACAGAUCAAACAGCUCUGAGGAUCCAGCCGGAGGCAAGAGAUUUUACAGUGAACAUCACAGCCAGGAGCUCACCUGCUGAAGGAAAACCAUUGGAACUGAUUUGCCUGGUGGUCGGCAGGGGCAGUGACCUGCAGUUUCAGGGUUUUUGGUUCCUCAACGGGAAGGAAAUUGCCCGAAUUGACGCUGGUGGGGUCCUGAGCCUGAAGACAGACUACAGAGACCGAGCAAGUCAAGGACAGCUGCAGGUUUCAAAGCUAAACCCCCAGGCUUUCUCUCUCAAGAUCUUCUCCGUGGGUCCAGAGGACGUAGGCACCUACAGUUGUGAAGUGGCUGAGGUGCUGAGAACUCAGAGCAACUCCUGGCAGGUUCUUCAGAGAAAGCAGUCCUCUGUCACCCCGGUGCAGCUGAGGGAGCCAGCAGCAAGACGUGUGACCGUGUCUGCCGAGCAGCGGGCCGUGUGGGAAGGAGAGGAGCUUACCCUUCUCUGCAAGGCAGGUGGGGAUGCAGGUCCCCUGUCUGUGAGCUGGUGGCUCAUUCCGCAGGACCAGACCACACCUGUGUUUGUGGCCGGCAUGGAACAAGAUGGUACUGUCCAGCUGGGAGUCUCUUCUCCAGGCCCCAGGCCCCAUAGUAACAAGAGGUUGGAGAAAGUGGACUGGGCCACCUUUCGGCUGGAGAUCGGCUCGGCCAUGGUCACAGACAGUGGCACCUAUGAAUGCAGAGUGUCGGAGAGGCUCCAGAACCGGGCCAAAGAGUUGCAGUGGAUCGAGAAGAUUGCAAUCACGGUAAAAUCUCUGAAAUCAAGUUUACAGGUCCAUCUGAUGAGCCGUCAGCCACGCGUGACACUCACCCACACCUUCGACCUGUCCUGCAUAGUGAAGGCCAGCCACUCGGACCUCGAGCUGCCAUGCUCGGUGAUGUGGCAGUUCCAGCCAGCUGGCUCUGGGGCCUUUCAUCAGCUAGUUCGGAUCACCCACAAUGGCACGGUGGCAUGGGGGGAUGGCCUCUCCCAGUUCCACGGGAAGACGAAGGUUUCACAGUCUUCAUUUCGUUCUCAACUCCAAAUCCACGAUGCCGCUGUGGAGGAGACAGGGGUGUAUCGGUGCACGGUGGAAGGUUAUGACAGGAAUUCCCUGUACACGAGUGGCCCAGCCCGGGUAUCUGCCACCUCUAACCUAGUGAGGAUAAAUGUCACUUUUCCAGAGAGCAAACUGAGUUUGAACUCAAGCAGCCAAGUCCAAGAGCUCCCCGUCAGCUCCAGCACACAUAUAGAAUGUUCCAUCUUGUCCCGAUCUGCUGGAAACCUUCCGUUAGCCAUCACUUGGUUCUUUUCUCGCACUCCUACAAGUGAGUCCUAUCUGAAGAUCCUAGAAACAGACCAAACCAAUGUUGUAAAAUAUGGAGAUACAUUUCAAACCCCUCGGAGCAAGCAAAAAUUUCAUUCUGAGAAAGUUUCCCAAGAUUUAUUUCUGCUGAACAUUCUGAACAUGGAAGACAGUGACCAAGGUCACUACCACUGUGCCGUGGAGGAAUGGCUCUUAUCUACAAAUGGCUCUUGGCAAAAGCUUGAAAGAAAGACUUCAGGACUCACGGAAUUGAAACUCAAGCCCACAGGAAGUCAGGUCCGUGUCAGCAAAGUGCACUGGUUGGGAAACGCUACUGAGCACGAAGAAGUGGGCCUCAGCUGCAGCCUGGACAGCCCUGGCAGCCCAGCCUCCCUAUACUCUGUGACAUGGUACUGGAGCAGGGAGAACGCGGGGAGUCAGAUGCUGGCCCACCUGCAGUAUGACGGCUUGCUGGAGUAUGGCCUAGAGGGCCGCAGGAGGGCCCUGCACUGCUACCGAGCGUCUCCCACAGACUUUGUCCUGAAGCUGCAUCGGGUGGAGCUGGAGGAUGCUGGGAUGUACUGGUGCAAGGUGGCAGAGUGGCAGCAACACGGCCACCCGGGCAAGUGGAUCAACCAAGCCUCCAAUGAGUCACAGAGGAUGAUGCUCAGGGUGCUGCCUUCAGAAUCAACGUUCUCUUCCCGGAUCUGCUCCUCUGAACCCUUUCUCCACUUCCUUAUCGUCUGUCCCUUCUUCAUGCUGCUGCUUCUGCUCAUUUCAUUGCUCUGCUUGUGUUGGAAGACCAGGAAGUUGUCACAGCUGAGUCUCAGUGUACAGAAAGAGAAGGCUCUCUGGGUGGACAUGAAGAGAGCCUCUGGAGACUGGACCACAGGGAGGAAGACAAAGGAUGCUGAACCCCAAGGAGAGCCUAUGCUGAUGGAGGGAAUGUGAUGAAACUGGAUCGGACUGACCAGGGUGAAUGAAUUCUGCUUCAGACCUUGGCCAGGUUACCUAGGGACCAGAAGGGACGUGUCUUGGGCAUAUGUUGUUAACCAGAUACUGUUGUGUUUCUUUGUGUACCACCCAUCUUACCCUUUGAGACCUUCAGAUGUAGAUAGCGCCAUUGGCCCAGCGUACAUAGACCUCACUUCCUGGAGAUCCAGCCCUCCUCU